AUGGAGGAAAUGGACUUUGUUAAUUGGGACGCUGCGGGUGCUGACGCUGGUUUAGACCUCCCUUCGACAUCGGAGGGCAUGGUGCCAGUUACCACUAGUGGUGCCGUCAAUAUGGACCUGGUCCUAGGAGACGUCGACGGGGAUGACUGGUCCUUCUGGGCUCUUCAACAUUUCGAUUCCACCCAUACGCCAGAAGACCUCGGCUUCAACCCUGCGGCCAUGGAUGGGCCAUUAGCUCCUAUGGCAGAGUCUCUCACAGCUCAGCUCUACUGGGAGACUCCGGAGGCUCCUUGCAGCCACUGCGCCCUUGGUGGCUAUCAAUGCAAAUUGAUCCGAGAGGGUUCAUACAAUGGCUACUGCACGAGCUGUGUCGCCUUGCGAUGCGAGUGUAGCUUUGUGCCAGUGGGUAACACUGCCGGGUCUGAGGUGGGAGCCAGGUUUCCUGCCAACCCGUGGCCGACCAUGGGCGAUCGACCAGAAUCCUCCAUCCUCCACGAGGACGAGUUUGACGCCGUCGUGAGCCGAACUCUCAACCCAUCAGAGCCUCCUCCGGGUGCCGAAACUGACACAACCAAUUCGGCUGCACCCCAGAACAUGCCAAAGAUUGGUGCGCGGUUCUCGCGGGAAUCCGUGAGGAUCCUUAAGAACUGGGUGUCUACUCAUAGCCGCCAUCCUUAUCCAACAGAAGAUGAUAAAGAGGGCCUUCAGAAGAUGACCGGCCUCAACAAGACUCAGAUUACCAACUGGUUGGCCAAUGCUCGCCGCAGGGGCAAGAUCCAACCCACCCGAUCAAUCUCUCCUCAUGUCGGAUCAGGAUAUGUCAGUGCCAUCGACAUAACCAAGAGGAGACCAACCACACCGUUGUUUGAGAACAUGAAUCCGCUCCAACGUUGGGCAAAUUCGCCACCCGAAAAUGAACCUGCUGAUGUGACGGAUAUUGUCAGGGCCGUGACCGCGUCGUCUAACGUCACGUCGAGCUCCGGCCGGAACAGUCCAUAUAUUUCUGGCAAUUCGGAUGAUGGGUCGGGCAAGUCUCUCUGCAACCAAUCGUCCGCCAGCAGCUUUUCUAUCUCUCAAUCAAGUGGCAUAUCAUUCGCUUCUUCACUCCAGUCUCGAGGCUCCUUCGGCUCCCUACCCUCUUUUGCGCACAGCCGAGGACGACGCCGCCGCAGGAGGGCACCCCCGAACCGAGUUGAGCAAACAGGCCAGCUUCCGCAACUUAUCAAGACAUUCCAGUGCACUUUCUGUACAGAGACGUUCAGAACGAAGCACGAUUGGCAAAGACAUGAGAAGUCUCUACACCUGUCUCUGGAGCGCUGGGUUUGUUCGCCAGAAGGUGCCAAGGCCAUCAACCCUGAAAAUGGCUUGAUGAGCUGUGUCUUUUGCGGUGAGGCAAACCCUGGCGAGUCUCAUAUCGAAUCUCACAAAUUCUCUGACUGCACUGAGCGUGCGCUCGAGGAAAGGACUUUCUACCGGAAGGAUCACCUCAGGCAGCAUCUCAACCUGAUCCACAACGUCAAGUUUCUACAAUGGUCGAUGGAUAGGUGGCGAGUAGCGUCUCCCGAAAUUCGAUCCCGAUGCGGUUUCUGUGACAUUGUCAUGGAUAGCUGGACGAUGCGAGUCGACCAUCUGGCGGAGCACUUCAAAACAGGUAAAACCAUGGCCGACUGGAAGGGUGAUUGGGGUUUCGACGCUCCGGUACUUGACAUGGUCGAGAAUUCGGUUCCACCUUACUUGAUCCACGACGUGAGGAAUUCGCCCUUGCCCUAUGUGGCGGGUGCCCCGCCUCCGUCGACGCCGAAUAGCGCCUAUGAACUGCUCAAGAUGGAACUGCAAUACUGGAUUGCCAACUGGACGGAAGAAAAAGGACAGAGGCCGACGGGCGGUGAGAUAACCCAAGAGGCUUGUCGCAUCGUUUUUGGUGCUGAAGUUCUGUCCCAAAAUCCAAGCAACCGAGCCUCAUCGUGGCUUCGCGAUGCUAUCAUGUCUAUUGAUGAAAUUCGAAGCUUGGCCAUGUUCAGUCCAGUUCGAGGACAGCCAGAGAACCGAAGGUUUUCGAGUUUGCGGAUCAACGGCAAAGACAACAUCUUUCAGAACUGCGAGCUCGAAGCAGAGUUACAAGAGUUCGUCAAAGCUGGAUCGCUACUUGGGCUAACGGCAAUGGACAAAGAGCUGCAGGUAGAGGCUUGCAAAAUUAUCGGGUGGAUGGAGGGGCGAUCCAGCACUCCGUCUGAAGAUGUUGCCAACUGGCUACUUGGUCUUAUCAACGGGAGUACCAAAUGGCUCGCUGACUUCCGGAAACGGGCGCGUUUGCCGCGCAGUGAAGAUGUCAGCGGCGCCAAUGAGCGGUCCAAGGAUCCUAAGUCGAUUGAUUCCACCGUCCACAACUACAGCAGACUCGAGCGGGAACUAGGAGAGUUCAUCCAGGUUCAGAGGGUCCUCAGUCUUGAGCCAACCGCGCACGAUCUGCAACGGCAAGCCCGUAUAAUAAUAUAUGAGUCUGAUGACCCAUGGAAUCAGACGGCGGCUGAUGAUUCAGGAUGGCUUGCCAGCUUCAGACAAGGGCACGCACCCCAAGACGGCAAUGUCAUCAUAUCAAACACCAGUGGCUCCCCAUCCAACCACACUCCGAGCUGGUUUCAAUUCGCUGGCCAACGUUCAGCAAACACGCGAAACAGCUUUGAUAGCAUUUCCGCCGCAGGGGCUGGGUCCGGUUGCGCGGCACAGUACAUCAAAACUGGUCCCUUCUUCCUGAGCGAUACCAAUUGCUACCGUCGCUUGGCCAGAGGCCUGAGCCGCUUUGUCGCCUCGACCAUGUCUGCGAAUAACCCUAAUCGCCAUAUUCCAACAGACGAAGAGAUUCAACACCAAGCAAGGUGGGUGGUCCAUGACGACGACGACCCAUGCAACCAAACAGCAGCAGACAACGUCGAGUGGCUUCAGCGCUUCAAGCGAGACGUAGGCAUCCUACCCCCUGACUCCGGUCCCGGCCUGCCCACAGAAACAAUCCAAUGGCCUGCCUCGACAGGCGGCACGGGCUUCGCUCCCCCUUACGUAGCACCAAACCCCAAAGUCACGCUCGAGCCCUUCAACGCAAAACCAAAAGUCUUCUGCCGCGAAAAUGCCAAGCAGUUUGAGCCGGAGCCCGCGACGGUCAAUCGACUCCUGCAGAGCUUCCAGCAGCGUUACAUGGCGCCUGCUAAGGUGUUCUGCUCACGUGAGCUCGAGACAGGACUGACUGAGUACGUGAAGAGGGAGAUGAGGAAGAGUAGUAGUAGUAGUGGUGGUGGUGUUAGUGGUGGGUUGCCUAGCGAUGACCAGAUGCGGGAGCGGGCUAGGGAGAUUAUGGGGAUGCAAAAGACGCCGUGUGAUGAUCCAGUUCUGUUGGCGAGGUUUAAGGAGGCUUUUCUGCAAGGGAACAGCGAGCUAGGGCUCGAAUCGACGACAACUGCGGGAAUGGGAGGGAUUGCAUCAUCAACUCCAGUUCGAGCUAGUAAGAGUGCAGAUGUAGGUUCUGGGUUGGAUAUGUCUCUUCCAAGCGGGAAUUCGGACCAGCCGAUGCUAUUCGCAAUGGAAGACGAUCUGACGUUUACAGAUCAGGAGAUGGGUGAUGUGCUUCAACGGGCGAAUUCGGGUUUCGGUACGGAUGCGGGAUUGUUAGACUUGGACUUGGAUAUCAGUCCAGAGGACCAGAGUGUUGGGACUGGGUCCGGGUCUGGCUUCGGUUUUUGA